AUGGCUCAGCAAUCAUUAUAUAAUGAAUUUAUGCAAAUACCGGUUAUAACUAGAACAUACACGACAGCUUGUGUAAUAACGACUUUACUGGUGCAACUGGAUGUUGUUAGUCCUUUCCAAAUAUAUUUUAAUCAUGAACUAAUAUUUAAUCGUCUUCAGCUAUGGAGACUAUUUACCAGCUUCUUCUUUUUUGGGUAUAUUGGAUUUAACUUUCUUUUCAACAUGAUAUUUAUGUAUCCUUUCGUCCUUUUAAUGUUUUUUAGAAUUAAAAUUUUUGAGGGAUCUUUCAGAGGAAGAACAGCAGAUUUCGCUUACAUGUUUAUUAUUGGUGGCCUUUCAACUGCUAUCUGUGGCUGUUUUACCCAACUAUUGUUUCUAGGUCAAGCCUUAACUCUGAUGUUUGUUUAUGUGUGGAGUCGACGUAAUCCAUUCAUUUAUUUGAAUUUUCUUGGCAUACUAACUUUCAAAGCACCAUAUCUUCCUUGGGUUUUACUGGGAUUCUCACUCCUCCUUGGGGGCUCAGUUGUUGUAGAUUUAGUCGGAAUUGCUGUAGGACACGUUUAUUACUUCUUAGAGGAUGUUUUUCCUAAUCAGCCCGGCGGGCAGCGAUUACUUAAGACUCCUUCAUUGUUGAAAUGGAUAUUUGAAGGAACUGUGGAUCCUGCAUUUGAAGCAGCACCUGAAGAAAGACCUGGCGGAUUUAACUGGGGAAACCAAGAAAAUCUAAACGAGCAAUAG